AUGAUUGACAGCUGCAAAGCCCCGCCCCUCUCAGUGACAGACGCAUGCGCACAGGGGCCGGUGCGCUUCCUUGACCCUCGCGCGGUGGAGGCGGCUCUGGCGGGAGUAUUUCGUGGAAAAUUAUUUAUACCAAAGAAAAUGAAGAACAAAGUGACCGGCAGUGCCCCAGUGGGACUCAGAAACAAGUCCUGGUCUUGGCAGCCUUAUCUGGACCAACAAAAUGCAACUGCUGCUCCUCCAGAAGUUUUCAACCAGUACCAGUCGUGUCCUAGCAGGAGGAGCUGUGGGUUCAGAGUGGGGAUGAAGUUGGAGGGAGUGGACCCUCUGCACACAUCACUGUUCUGCGUUCUGACCGUGGCUGAGGUGAUCGGCUGUCGGCUGCGGCUCCACAUUGAUGGCUUCUCUGAGACCUAUGACUUCUGGGUAAAUUCAGACUCACCUGAAAUCAGACCGGUCGGAUUCUGCCAGGAGACCGGACGAAGACUGCACCCCCCAAAAGGUGUGCUGGAGGAGCAGUUUGAUUGGUCAGACUACCUAGAGACUACCGGAUCAGAGGCAGCUCCUGCAUCUCUGUUCAGAACCAGCACUAGCUCCCUCAGUAGGCUGAGGCGGGGCAUGAAGCUGGAGGCGGUGGACAGGAAGAACCCGGGGCUGAUCUGCGUGGCCACUGUGGCUGACGCCCAUCAAGACCGCAUCAGAGUGCACUUCGAUGACUGGGACCACUCCUAUGACUACUGGUGUGACAGCAGCAGCCCAUUUGUACGUCCCAUUGGCUGGUGUCAGGAGCAAGCCCGCCCCCUUACCUGCCCCAAAGGUCACCCCGACCCCGAGCACUUUGUGUGGGAACAGUAUCUGAAGGAGACAGGCUCUGAGGCUGCACCCAGGGACGCCUUCACUCAGGGCAGGCCUCAUGGUUUCCAGGUGAACCACAGACUGGAGGCGGUCGACCGACGGAAUCCAGUUCUGAUCCGAGUUGCCACCGUGGUCCAAACUGAGGAGGUCCGAAUCAAAAUCCAUUACGAUGGCUGGCCGGCUCACAUGGACUCGUGGUUUGACUGUGAUGACACCGACCUUCACCCUGUCACCUUUUGUCACCGCACUGGACACCCGCUGGAGCCCCCCAGAGAGUCCUCCAGAGCAUCGUCUCCAGCUCACGGCUCCUGCCCCACUGUUGGCUGCAGAGGAGUGGGUCACAUCAGGGGCCCCAAGUAUAGCAACCACCACAGUCUCUUCGGGUGUCCAUACUCAGAGACAAACCUCAGGAGGGACCUGGUUCUACCGGACCGACUUGGAUCAGAGACCGGACUUUCUCUGUUGCCACACAGGUCUGUGGAGGAGGUUCCUCUGAAGAGGCGUAAACUCUCUGAUAGAGUGUGUGCAGUCAGUCCUGCUGUGGUGAAACAGGAGGAGAGCACAGACUCAGUGGUUGUCCAGUCCCGGUUCCUGUCGGCUCUGAGUCCUCAGCCUAGCCGAGACCUGAGUCUGUGUUGGGAACAACACCGAAAACUACUGCCCCGAGUCCAGAGCUCCCAGGCUCCCGCAGUACACCGCUGGAGUGUACAACAGGUCUCAGAGUUCAUUCAGUCUCUCCCUGGAUGUGAGGAUCAGGGCCAGCACUUCAGAGACCAGGAAAUCGAUGGGCGGGCCUUCCUGCUCCUGACACAGCGUGACAUCGUUCGGCUCUUGUCAAUCAAACUGGGCCCAGCACUAAAGAUCUAUCACAGCAUCCUGAUGUUCAAGCAUGAACGCAGCCAAUCAGAGUGCGGAGAGGGGGAGAGGGGCCAAUCAGACAGAGGGGAGGGAGCCAGCAUCCAGUCAGAGCGAGGGGAGGGGGAGAGGAGCCAGUCAGAGCGAGGGGAGGGAGACAGCAUCCUAUCAGAGCAUGAGGACACAGGGAGGAGCCAAUCAGAGCACGAAGACACAGGGAGGAGCCAAUCAGAGCACGAAGACACAGGGAGGAGCCAAUCAGAGCACGAAGACACAGGGAGGAGCCAAUCCGAGAGCACUGUCCCCUGACCUCACUGUGAUCCCACCCCCCUCCUCUUAAAGGGGAGGAGACUCAGGAGAAUCUACCAAUCACACUGUCCCUGGUCAUGUGACUUCAGAGCAGUGCCUCCCUCAGGGCCACGGUGGCCACCGCUCCAACCGCUCCUCCUGUUUAUCAGACCAAAAAGGCGUGCUGUAGACCAAGAUCAGUCCUAGUCCAGUCCUGGUUUAGUCCUGGUUUACUUCAGACCCUGUUUCAGUCCUGGUCCAGUCCUGAUUCAGACUGGUUCAGUCUUGGAUCAGUCCUGGUUCUGAUGCUGCAUUCAUGUGAUCUUAGAAACCCGGAAACUAUGUGCCACUGAUCUUGAGCCUUCAUGUUGGAAGUAACAGAGGAAAAAAGUAGUGAUUUAGUUUUAUCUCACAGUGAUUCACAAAAGUCACUUCAUAUCGAUACUUUGCAACAUUCCCUGAGGGUGUGAUGCUAAUGUAGGCUGAGUAACGGAGAGGUCACACAGGGGUCACACAGGGGUCAGAGUGAGUGUAAUUCCUCUACAUUUGUAUCUUUAUAUUGAUACUUUGGAGCUGAUGUUAUCAUCAUUUUAUGGUGGGAUGUGAUGCUAACUGGGGGCAUUGCUCUGUCUGAAUCUGUUACUCAAGACUUAGACUUUAAUCUGAGCUUUAUUUAAACACAGUCUGACCAUAAAGAACUGACUUGGCUAAAACUACAAUAAGCAAUAUUUUUUUUUUUUCAGUUUCAGUCACUCACCUUUGUGUGGACACCUAAGCAGAGCAUGAACGCUCGUAUUCACAGGCUGAAAAUGUGUUGUUUAAAUCCAUUUUGUAUUUUUCUUCAGUUUUCAUUUUAAAACAUAUUUGACUGUGUUUGCUGAUGUGUGCAUAGUGUCACCAUGGUAGCUGCUGAACAUUGUGCCAUAGAAAUACAGUACAACACCCCCAGUGUGAUGUCACUGCAAAGUCUAUGACUAUAUGACUCCAUAUGGUUCAUGAAGUUAGGAGCAUUAAAACUUUGUGAAAAUAGUGUAUUAUUUAACAGCAGUACAGGUCUGGACAGGUGUUUACAGUGAAGCAUGUGUGUUACCGUGUCCGUUUCAUGUGUCUCAUGUUUUAAAUGUUUACAAAGUUAUCUCAGAGUUUCCGAGAUCACAUUAAUGCAGCAAAGGUCCUGGUUUAAUCCUGGUUUAGUCCUGGUUUAGUCCUGGUUUAGUCCUGGUUUAGUCCUGGUUUAGUCCUGGUUUAGUCCUGGUCCAGCCCCUCUUUCUGCUCUGAUUGGUCACUCAGAUGUUAUUUUUGGUAGAUUAUAUUUUUGACAGAGUUUAUAUUUGUAUGAGACUCUCAGGGCUGCAGUAUUUAUUCCUCUACUUCAGAUCAAUAAGACACACAAUAAUACAUCUUAAUAUCACAGGUUCUAUUGAAAUAAAUGUGAUUUAAUCUG